GUAGUCCUGAACUCCUGAUUUCAGUGAUUUGAGCUCAACUGCUCCAGAAAUGAGUUCCAUAUAUAUAACAGAGCCCCCUACUAAAGGAAAGGUACCAUUAAAGACCACACUGGGUGAUAUUGAUAUUGAACUGUGGUCCAAAGAGGCUCCUCUGGCCUGUCGUAACUUCAUACAAUUGUGUUUAGAAGAUUAUUAUAAUGAUACCAUAUUCCACAGAGUCGUUUUUGAGUUUGUAGCUCAAGGUGGUGAUCCCACUGGUACAGGAGAAGGUGGUGAAUCUAUUUAUGGUUUGCCAUUUAAAGAUGAGUUUCAUCAGAGACUCAAGUUCAAUAGACGUGGUCUGGUGGGGAUGGCCAAUAGAGGAAAGAAUGAUAAUACCUCACAGUUCUUUAUAACGCUGGGAAGAACUGAUGAACUUAAUAAUAAGAAUACAUUAUUUGGGAAGGUGAGGGGUGUGGCUAAUAAUGAUUGAUGGGUGGGGUUUAUAUUUAAUAUU